ACAUUUCAGCAAUCUUCUCUACAGCAGAAAAGUAAAAAGAAGAACAAAGCUCCUAUGCCCGGUAAAAGCAAAAGAAGGAUCUCAUGUAAAGAUCUUGGCCGAGGGGACUGUGAAGGCUGGCUUUGGAAAAAGAAAGAUGCCAAGAGCUAUUUCUCCCAGAAAUGGAAGAAAUAUUGGUUUGUUCUGAAAGAUACAUCCCUAUACUGGUAUAUCAAUGAAGAGGACGAAAAAGCAGAAGGAUUCAUCAGUCUACCUGAAUUUAAAAUUGACAGAGCCAGCGAAUGCCGCAAGAAAUACGCGUUCAAAGCCUGCCAUCCUAAGAUCAAAAGUUUUUAUUUUGCUGCUGAACAUCUAGAUGAUAUGAACAGAUGGCUAAACAGAAUUAACAUGCUUGCUGCUGGCUAUGCAGAAAGAGAGAGGAUCAAACAAGAGCAAGAUUACUGGAGUGAGAGUGAUAAGGAGGAAGCUGACACUCCAUCAACACCCAAGCAAGACAGCCCACCACCCCCAUACGACACAUACCCACGGCCUCCUUCGAUGAGUUGCACAAGCCCAUACGUGGAGCCGAAGCACAGCCGCCUCUCGUCCACAGAGACCUCCCAGUCACAGUCAUCGCACGAGGAGUUUCGUCCUGAGGCGGCCGGGGUGCGAAAGACGGCGAGCCAGCGGCGCUCCUGGCAGGAUCUCAUAGAGACGCCGCUGACAAGCUCGGGACUCCACUACCUGCAGACCCUGCCACUGGAGGACUCGGUGUUCUCCGAGACAGCUGUGGUCUCCCCCGAGCACCGGCGGCAGUCCACCCUGCCCACCCAGAAGUGCCACCUGCAAGAUCACUACGGCCCCUUCCCCCUUGUGGAGGGGGAGCGGAUGCAAGUGCUAAAUGGAAACGGAGGAAAGCCCCGAAGUUUCACUCUGCCUCGGGAUAGUGGGUUCAACCACUGCUGUCAGAGCCUUUCUGUCAGUGCCACUGAUCACCAUGAAGAAGCACAACAGAAGGAAGUAGAGGAAGAGGAGGAUGAGGAGGAGGAAGGCAAAGCAGCAGAAGAAAAUCAGGAAGACAAAAAAUUCCUGGGAAAUCUAAGAAGUUAAGGAGAGACUGAACUCCGUUUUAGUUCCAUAGCAUUGCUCACAUUAUACCUGUUUGGAAACUCAUUUUCCCAUUGCUGCCGUGGGUGGAGUAAAUGGCAUCAAUGUUUCUAUCGGGAAUUUCUUUCCAACUUGUGCCUUCUGUCUUUGGGACAACAUUUCUCUUCUGCCAUCCCAAACUUGUUGUGACACACUCGAAAGUAAAAAUGACAAUGGUUUAUUUUUCUCCAUCCUUUUUCAUCCUGUCUUUUGGAAAGAAAUUUUUCUCUUUAACAAAGGAUAAAUAAUCCUAACUAAUUAAAUGUAAUUG